AGGUCAGACCAGGUCCAGAUGUUGUUCUGGUUUUUCUUGAUACAUAAUGUAACAUAAACAUGGUAGAAUCUCCCAUGAUGCUCAGCGAGGGUUGUUCUGCUCAUGUGUGACGUAUGACCACUUCCUGUUUAUAACAGUAACACUAAAAAUAACAACACAAUAAAAGCAUGUAUUUAAUUAAAUAUAAGACCUUAAAGUCUCUGAACCUGCUGUGUGUGUGUGUGUGUGUGUGUGUGUAUAAAUACAGAGGUCAAAUAACUGCAAAACAAAUUCUAGCUGCAUCAUCAUUUAAUCUCCGAGGGGGUGGGGACAGUGACAUCACUGACUCUACCCUGAGGAGGAGGAGUCCAUUUCAAUUCCUCAGCUUCAGCUACAGUGAAGCAUGCUGGGAAAUAUCAAUCCCCCCUCCUCAUUCUCCUCAUCGCUGCAGCAACAGAACAAGAGAGAGAAGAGCUGCAGCUCCGCCCCCUCACCCCUCCCCCUCCCUCUGAGCUCAGCAUCACUGUUGAUCAGAAAUCGAGCAGAGAAGAGGAGGCUGCACUUCAUCCUCCCUCCUCUCUCUCUCUCUCCCGCUCUCUCUCUCCGUCUCUUUUCCUCUUCCUCUCUCUCGUCUCCCUCUCUCUCUCUCUUUUCCUCUUCCUCCCUCUCUCUCUCUCUCUGUCUCUUUUCCUCUUCCUCUCUCCCUGUCUCCCUCUCUCUGUAUCUCUUUUCCUCUUCCUCCUCAUCUCCCUAUAUUUUCCUCUCUCUCUCUGUUUCUCUGGGCGCUGGAGCAGAGAUGUCGGUUCCGUCGUCGUCGUCACGGCGACAGUCAUGUUAUUUGUGUGAUCUUCCUCGGAUGCCCUGGGCUGUGAUCUGGGACUUCACAGAGCCCGUGUGUCGUGGCUGUGUUAACUACGAGGGAGUGGACCGGGUGGAGCUGGUCAUUGAGACGGCCCGGCACCAGAAGCACGCUCAGGGUUUUCAGGACUGCCGGUCCUCGGACAGUGCAGCGCCACAGCAGCAAGUGGUGACAAAGAAUGCGAAGGAGUCGCUGGGACUGAACCACAUCCACCACCGCACUGAUGCACUGGUCAAGUCUCAGCAGUCCAGUUUGGACCGUUACUCGGACUGCCGGCCUCCGUUUGAUUUCAGCUGCAGCAGCAGGAUGAUUAACGUACUUGGAGGACCCACCGGGUUCAAACCAGAUGAGGAACCGCCAGAACUGAACCGCCAGAGUCCCAACUCAAGGAGCAGCAGCCACGGGGGACCCGUUCAUGUUCCGCCAAACUUGCUUCCCCAGACCCUGCUGAACAGAACCACUCCACAGAGCCCAGUACCUGGACAGGUGACACUGCCUGAGCCAACAGGAAAUCGUCCGGCCUCUGUGUCAAGUACGGACCAGGAGCGAGAGCUGAAGGAGAAGCAACGGAACACCGAGGCUCUGGCUGAGCUGAGCGAGAGCCUCCAGAACCGGCACGAGGACUGGAGCAGCAGGCCCAAGGUGGUACGGGACAUGCUGGUCACUCUGUCCAGCUGCACCCCAUUUGACGUCCGCUUUAAGAAAGACCACGGGCUAGUGGGCCGGGUGUGCGCCUUUGACGCUGUGUCAAAACCAGGGAUGGAUUAUGAGCUGAAAAUCUUUAUCGAGUACCCAAGUGGUUCUGGGAAUGUGUUCUCCAGCGCCUCAGGUGUGGCAAAGCAGAUGUACCAGGACUGCAUGAAGGACUUUGGCCGAAGUUUGUCAUCAGGGUUCAAGUACCUGGAGUAUGAGAGGAAGUACGGCUCUGGGGACUGGCAUCUGCUUGGGGAUUUGUUACCAGAGUCUCUGCGGGUCUUUAAGGAGGAUUUGGGUGGAGACAUGCUGCCGCAGUCGCACAUCGAUGACAGUUUCCCGCCCCUGCCCACCUCCCUGGUUCUCUCGGGCCGAGCUCUGGCUUCAGGCUUUGUGAACAACAGCUCCAGAGUUGCGGCGAGGAAGAGGAAGGCGUCUCCGGAGCUGGACUCGGAGGGUGUGCUGAAACUGGGGGAGGAGCAGCAGAGGCAUCAGUGGGUCAGUAGCCAGACUGAGGCCGUGAAGCUCUCCAUGGGGGCGGGCUCCUUCACCGGGGCUCCUCCCACACUUGGUCGAACCACACCCCCGGAGCCCACUGCCACGUCCCCGAUGGGCGCAGUCCCGACGGUCACUGAUACACUCGGGAAUGUGCACUCGUCCAACAAGGACAGAGACUCUGUGCACUCCACCACCAGACUCAGCAGCAGCAGCAGCAGUCCACUGUCCUCCUCCACCAUGUCCAGUCAGAGACACCUGUCCUCCCGCAGCGGAGACCUCGGACUGACCACACCGUCUCAUUCUGCAGGGGGAGUGGACCAGGCUCAUGAACAGAACGUGUCAGACUCUCCAAUGGCAAGCAGCGGACCUCUGUGCUGCACCAUCUGCCAUGAGCGGCUGGAGGACACGCACUUUGUCCAGUGUCCCUCCGUCCACAGCCACAAGUUCUGUUUCCCCUGUUCCAGAGAAAGUAUCAAGAAGCAGGGGGCCACCACUGAGGUUUACUGUCCCAGCGGAGACAAGUGCCCCCUGCUGGGCUCCAACCUGCCCUGGGCCUUCAUGCAGGGGGAGAUCGCCACCAUCCUGGCCGGAGACGUGAAGGUGAAGAAGGAGACAGACCCGUGAGGUCACUGAUGAUGUCACUGGUAUAACCGUGACAUCACCAGCGACCUCACUGGUGACCUCACUGGUGAUGUCAGUGGAUCAGCUUCCUCACUGAUAAUCAGUUAUCGUUGAUAUUUGUGUAAACCUGAUUAAGGUUUUGUUAGAUUGUGACAUAUUUCCAUGAGUAAAACAUAAUUAUUUACAUGUGGAAAGAGUUUAUUGUCUGUAAAGGUUUAUAAAAUAAGUUUUUAUAGCAGAUUUAAAGAUUCAUUUAAAUGUGUAAUAUAUUA